AUGUCGAAGCCGAGUCUUACAAUCACCCACAUCACUACAGCUACUGCCAUUUUGAACGUCGACGGGAUCAAUUUCCUGACGGACCCAUUCUUUGGCUCGGUAGAGGGGACUCAAUAUGACUCCACCGAAGUUUGGGAGAAAGCGGACCUGAGUAUAUUUGGCUUGGAUAAGAUUCCACCACCGCCGCAUCUGGUCAACAAACAAGGACCAGCCCUGCGCCUCCAUGAUCUGCCCCCAAUUGAUGCAGUCCUGUUGAGCCAUGAAGAUCACCUCGACAACCUCGACCCCGAAGGCCGCAAACUACUUGACGGCCGGAGAGUCUUCACAACAAUGGACGGCGCAUCCAACCUUCGCCCUCGUCCUGGCGUUGUUGGUCUGCGUCCCUGGGAAACUGUCACCUCGAGCAUCGGCGGAAAGGUCUUUCGGAUUACCGGCACCCCGUGCAAGCAUUUCCCAGUCGGAGAGGUUACCGGCUUUAUCCUGGAGACGGAUUCAUUUGGGACUCAUUCCUCUGGAAAGCCUAAUGCGAUCUACUUCUCUGGCGACACGGUCUACAUUGAUGAGCUGCGGGAGAUUGGAAAGAAGUGGCAUAUCACUGCCGCCCUGCUUAACUUGGGCAAGGCUACGUUCAACUUUCCUAACGGCUCGGUGCAGAUCACGAUGGAUGGAGAACAGGCGGUGCAGCUGACUCGUGAUAUUGGCGCCGACUUUAUGAUCCCGAUCCAUUUCGAGUCCUGGAACCACUUCACCGAGGAUCGGGAGGAUUUGGCAAAGGUGUUCAUGCAGGAGAAAUUCAUGGACAAGGUGGUGUGGACGGUUCCGGGGGUUCCAAAGACGGUGUACUAG